AUGGCUUCUAAUAAAUUAUUUGUCACCGAGGAGGAAGACGAGGAAGACAACAUUUCUCUGGAGAAAGUGGAUCAGGAUGGGGACAUAACUAUGAGAGAAGCCGGUGCGGGAGAAGCGACCACGGAAGCGACGGCCGAGGCCAAACCGCACAAAAUUGGGAAGUCCAAACACCAUAGAGCUACCAUCGACAGUGAUGAAGAUGAUCCUGUUGUAGAAGAGUUCCCCAUUAAUAUUGCCGGAAACGAUGAACAGUUGCAUGUUCUACAAUUCGCUAGCAAACCUAAAGUAGUAGGCAAGAAAAGCGCAGAACACCCUAUUGUGGCCGACGCAAGAUUUAAAACCAAAUCGCACAUUUGGGAGUUGGAUAUUCCAUUAGAUGAGGAGGCUUUUUUCAACAAAGCUAAAGCUGAAGACAACUGGAAUGGUGUCACAUUCCAGACGUUAAAGGGUGUGAGCGUAGACAACGAGGGCCAAUAUGCUGCAUUUGUAGCUGAUAAACAACUAUACCUAGUACCUGUGAAGACAAUAUCCCAAAUGAAACCAUAUUUCAAAUAUAUUGAUGCUGUUACUCAGCAGAAUAGGAAAGAAGAAUCAAACAGAAACCCAUCUGCUGCAUCACAGAGAGCACAAGUGGUUACCAUGUCUGUUAAAAGCGUCAACGAUCCUUCCCAAAACAGGUUAACGGGUUCAUUAUUGGCCCAUAAAGUAGCAGAUGAAGAACCAGCCAGGGAUAUGGAAUGGACAGAAGGUACCUUUGAACAGUUCAGAGACACUAUUUUGAAGGAUUGUUCUCAGCACAUAUUAAAGCCAGUAGAAAAUGAAGACAAAUAUCUGUCCAAGUUGCUCUAA